AUGUCGAGUCAAUCUUUCCCAAAAGAGCCUAUUGCCAUCAUUGGCACUUCCUGUCGCUUCCCCGGCGGCGCCAACACUCCCUCCAAAUUAUGGGAUCUUCUCAUUGAGAAGAGAGACGUUCAAUCGUCCAUUCCCCCUGAACGAUUCAACGUUGAUGCUUUUUAUAGCAGUAAUGGGGACAAGAACGGAUGCACCGAUGUCAAGAAGGCGUAUCUGUUGGCUGAGGACAUUCGCUUGUUCGAUGCCUCGUUCUUCAAGAUCAACCCUCGUGAAGCUGAAGCUAUGGAUCCGCAGCAGAGGCUCUUGCUUGAGGCUGUAUACGAAGCAACCGAGACAGCUGGACUACCUAUGGAGGAUCUGAAAGGAUCUGACACUGCUGUCUACGUUGGUUGUAUGACUGGGGAUUACCAUGAGAUGCUCAUGCGUGAACCCCAGGAUAUGCCCAAGUACAUGGCUACUGGCACAGCUCGCAGUAUUCUUUCCAACAGAAUUUCUUAUCUCUUUGACUGGAAGGGUCCAUCGAUGACUAUCGAUACAGCCUGCUCGUCCAGUCUUGUUGCUGUUUAUGAUGCUGUCACGGCCCUCCGUAAUGGAGUCUCUCGCAUCGCCUGUGCAGGAGGCGUCAACCUCAUUCUUGGCCCCGAAAUGAUGAUUUCAGAGUCUAAGUUGCACAUGCUGUCUCCCACAGGCCGAAGUAGGAUGUGGGAUGCUUCAGCUAAUGGCUAUGCGCGAGGAGAGGGUGUAGCAGCCAUCAUGAUGAAGACCUUGUCACAGGCCUUGGCCGACGGCGAUCACAUCGAGGGGAUCAUCCGAGAGAUCGGAGUCAACUCAGACGGACGCACCAAUGGGAUCACACUUCCUAGCCCUGAUGCCCAAAAGGUACUAAUCAGGCAAACCUACAGGAAUGCUGGUCUAGACGUCUUCAAAGAUCGAUGCCAAUUCUUUGAGGCGCACGGAACUGGAACUCCUGCAGGAGACCCUCUUGAAGCCCGCGCCAUUCAUGAAGCCUUCUUCGACGGUAGUGAUAUCGUCAACGAGCCCAUGUAUGUGGGCUCUGUCAAGACAGCGAUUGGCCAUCUUGAGGGAUGUGCUGGUCUCGCUGGCAUGAUCAAGGCUAUUGAGGCUGUCAAGACAGGCAUUAUUCCACCCAAUCAGCUCUUCGAGACCUUGAACCCAGCUGUGAAGCCUUAUACGUCCAAUCUGAAGCUUCCCGUUGAAUCUCAGCCGUGGCCCAAGUUGACUGAGGGGUUUCCGAGACGCGCCAGUGUAAACUCGUUCGGGUUUGGUGGAACAAACGUUCAUGCCAUCAUUGAACAUUUCGACAAUCUAUCUUCAGAAAGCUCGGUCAAUGAAGUUAUCUCUACUCCACUGGUACUGUCAGCAAACUGCGAGCUUUCGUUGCGAGCCCAGAUCUCCCAACUUGCCCAAGUCCUCGAGAAUGCCGAGAGUGAACGAAUUGAGAGUAUCUUGUACACCUUGGCCCACAGACGCUCUCAACUCCCUCUGAGGACCUUUUUCUCUGGACAUGACCUACCGAGUCUCCAAGAGAAACUGGAGAGUGCCAUAGUUGAGGAUGUAGUUAUACCUACUUCUAAGCAGGACUCUCCACUGGGUUCGGCCCCCCGCAUUUUGGGUGUUUUCACCGGACAAGGUGCCCAGUGGCCCACCAUGGGAAGGGAGCUUCUGAAGUCUUCACCCUUUGCUCGACGACUGAUGGCUUCCCUUGAAGAGUCUCUCUCCAGUCUACCUGAGCCUCCCAUGUGGACUCUCACCGAACAGAUCAUGGCUGACAAAGACACCUCUCGUCUAAGCGAAGCCGCUAUCUCACAACCGCUUUGCACCGCUGUCCAACUCAUGGUGGUCGAGCUACUACGCAAAGCCGGUAUCAGCUUCGAUUGCGUCAUUGGCCACUCCUCUGGCGAGAUCAGCGCUGCAUAUGCUGCUGGAUUCCUAUCCCUCCGUGAUGCUAUCAGGGUCGCAUACUUCCGUGGUGUCUGUGCCAAACUUGCAGGUGGAGUCAAUGGAGCUCCAGGAUCUAUGAUGGCUGUCGGACUAUCUUACGAGGAAGCUUCAGUUUUCUGUGAGGAGAACUUUCAUGGCCUGGUUGACGUGGCUGCCAGCAACGCUCCCACUAGCACGACUCUAUCAGGAGACAAGGCCAGUAUUGAAGAGGCCAAGGUGCUACUAGAUCAGCAAGGCACCUUUGCCCGGGUUCUUCGGGUCGAUACUGCCUACCAUUCUCAUCACAUGCAUCCUUGCGCUGAGCCAUACCUUGCUCUACUUGAAGCUGCCACUGUCAAGGCCCUUCCCGGUAAUGACUCUUGUGAGUGGUACUCCAGUGUCUUGGGUGAGCGAAUCGAUUCCUCGAUCCAUGGUGAAGCUUUAGCGGGAGAGUACUGGGUUGAGAAUAUGAUUAAUCCUGUUCUUUUCUCCGUGGCAUCAGAACUAGUGGCUGGUGUUGCAGUGCCCUGUCAUAUCGCUCUCGAAGUUGGACCUCAUCCUGCACUUAAAGGUCCUUUCAAUCAGACCUAUAAGCGCGCGACAGAAUCUCAACUACCAUACCAGGCUACUCUGUCUCGAAAUGUCCAUGAUGUGGCGGCCUUGAGCGAUACUCUCGGCUUCAUCUGGUCUCACCUCGGCAAGAGCUCUGUUGACUUUACCUCUUACGCUCAAGCCUUUUCCGCAUCCACAAACAGGGCGCUUGCACAAGGUCUUCCACCUUAUCCUUGGGACCAUACGCAAUCGUUCUGGAGGGAAUCCAGAAAGUCGCUCAAGUAUCGUCAACGUGCCCAUCCACCUCACCCUCUACUAGGUGUCCGGUCCGUGGAGGAUCCAGGCGAUAGCUUCCGAUGGCUGAACCACCUGCGCCUUGAAGAUGUUCCAUGGCUUGAUGGACACAAGGUCGAGGGUCAAGUUGUGCUGCCUGCCGCUGCCUACUUGGUUAUGGCCAUGGAGUCUGCUCGUGCUAUUGAUGAGAGCAAAAAAGUUCAGCUUGUCGAACUGUCUGAGGUUCACAUUAUGAGCGCCAUCCAAUUGAGUCAAGACUCACAAGCUAUUGAGACUGUCUUUAACCUCGAGGUUGGGGAUUAUCAGUCAAGCCAUGCGACCGCUACAUGGUUUUUAUCCACACCUCUGCGCGACGGUAACUGGAAGUGCAACGCCAAGGGUCAGCUUCGUGUUGAUUUUGGCUCUACUGAAGUUGCCUCUCUCUUACCUACCCGAGUCAAGCCUAUCGCUUCUUUAACAACCGUGGAUGUGGAAAGAUUCUACAGUUCAUUAACAAGUAUUGGGCUCGAGUACACCGGCGACUUCAAGCAUCUCGACAGCAUAGAUCGUCAAUUGGGCUUCGCAUCAGCUCGAGCACGUCAAAUCACCCCAGACUUCUCCGCGAUAAUCCAUCCCGCCCUGUUAGACACAGCCUUCCAAUCCGUCUUUGCUGCUUACUGCUGGCCCGAUGAUGGAAGUCUCCAAGCACCAUUCGUGCCCACCUAUUUCCGAAGUCUUCGCAUUGUCAACACGAGUCAACUACGACAUGGAGAUGAGUUGGUUAUUGACUCUUUCUUGACCAACACAAAUGAGCGCGAGCUUACUGCGGAUAUGGAUGUCUUUGAGGCUAGUAAUGAUGAGCCUGUGUUGCAACUUGAGGGAUUGACGUGUACGUCCCUCCUGCGACCUGGACCUAGCAAUGCGAAGGAACUCUACACUAAGACUGAGUGGGAAGUCGACAUUGCAAGCGCAAUAGCAGGUGUAGAGACAGAGGAAGAGGAUACAGAGUCUGACCUGGAACUUGUGGAUCUCUGCGAGCGUCUCUCUUACUUUUAUCUCCGAGAACUCAACAAAGCAGUUGGUCGCGAUGAAGUUACCAAUUUUGACUGGAACCAUCAGCGAAUCUUUGAGUGGAUUGAUCAUCUCUUCCCUUCUAUCCAAUCUGGCAAUCAUCCCACCGUCAAGAAGGAAUGGUCAUCCGACUCUCGAGAGUGGCUCAUGCAGCAAUCCUCCAAAUUCCCAGGUCGCAUUGAUCUCCAGCUUAUCCAAGCUGUUGGUGAGAACCUUCCUGCUGUAGUGCGCAAGCAGACAACCAUGUUGGAGCACAUGGUCAAAGACGAUAUGCUGAACCGUAUCUACAAGUACGGUCUCGGCUUUGAGAGGGCCAACGUGUACCUUGGUCGCAUCUCCAAGCAGCUUGCUCAUCGGUAUCCCAGGAUGAACAUCUUGGAGAUUGGUGCAGGUACUGGAGGUGCCACGAAGGGUAUUCUUGAAUCUCUUGGUACCACCUUUGAGAGUUACACCUUUACCGAUAUCUCUACUGGUUUCUUCGAGGCAGCUGCCGAGACCUUCGAGAACUGGGCUGCAAAGAUGAUCUUCAAGCCUCUGAACAUCGAGAAUGACCCGACAGAGCAAGGCUUCCCAGAAGGACACUAUGACUUCAUCAUCGCUUCGAAUGUCCUCCACGCCACCAAGUCCCUCGACGUCACCAUGAAGAACACACGCAAGCUUUUAAAGCCUGGUGGUCAGCUUCUUCUGUUGGAGGUUACGAGUGACAUUGUGCGAGUCAAGCUCAUGAUGUCUGGCCUCUCAGGUUGGUGGCUCGGAGGUGAUGAUGGACGCCGCUAUGGACCGACGAUCCCGGUUUCUCAGUGGGAUUCGUUGUUGAAGCAGACAGGCUUCUCGGGAGUUGACAAGACCGUCAAUGACUUUGUGGACGACGAGAAGUACAUGACCUCUGUUAUGCUGUCGCAGGCUAUCGACGACCAAGUGCAGCUUUUGAGACAGCCUCUUGCUACGUCUGGAGAUUGGCUCUCAUCGCACUCACUUACCAUCGUUGGCGGGACGUCUCAGGGUAUGGCUUCCGAGAUGAUGAAACUUCUCACUCAAGUUAGCGGUGUUACCGAGAACCUGAUUCACUACGUUGAGAGCUUUGAACAACUGGCGUCAUCUAACAUCCACGUUCGAUCGGCCUUGGUGCUAGAGGACCUUGAUGAGCCUAUCUUCAAGAGUUUGACAGACGACAAGCUCCGAGGUGUACAGAGACUUAUGAAUGAGUCUCGCCAAGUACUAUGGGUCUCAAAGGGUUGUCAACGGGAUGACCCCUUCGCCAACAUGUCUGUGGGCAUGUGUCGCAGCCUGGCUUCCGAGUACCCUCACAUUCAUUUGCAGCACGUCGACCUGGAAGGAGAGAUCACCGAUCUCACGUCAUCUCGUCUUAUGGAAGCUUUUUUGCAAUUGGUUUACAGAGUAUCUCUCAAGUCUGACGAUAUUGUCUGCUCCAUCGAGGCGGAGUUGAUCCUUCGGGAUGAUAAAUGGUUCAUCCCCCGUGUCAAGUCUGAUCAGUCACUCAAUGGCCAGCUCAACGCCAGUAAGAUGGCUCUUCAAAACAAGAAGACUUUGACUAGAGACACGAUUGAGAUUCAGCAGCGACGUAAACAGUUCGUCAUCCUUGAGCCAGUUCCUUUCCUUUCUCUCUCAAGCUCGACAUCGCUAGUUGACAUCACUGUCACGCACUCCCUUCUCUACCAAUUCAAGAUCGGUCAAAGGUCUUCUGGAUACCUUUGUCAUGGAUACACAGAGAGCGAACCCAAAACGCGAGUACUAGCUGUAUCUGGAACCAACCGGUCCAGGAUCUCUGUCCCUUCAUUCUUUGUAUGGGAUUUGACUACCACCGAUUGUGAGCCCGCGAAGCUUUUGCAAAAGACCGCAUUCACAAUCGCGGCUCAGAGGGUUUUGGGAGACGUCGACAGUGGCUCCACGGUCCUUAUUCAUGAGGCGGACGGUUUCAUCGGGUCUGCGCUUCAAUGGAAGGCUGCAGAUCUUGGCCUUGAGGUUGUCUUGACUACCUCUGACAUGGGCAAGGCUAAGUCGGGCGACGUGACCUUUGUGCACGCUAUGGCUCCGGAACGUGCACUAAAGAAGUCCGUUCCUAAAGGCACCAAGCUUAUCGUCGAUCUCUCUGGAAGAGACUACGAAACGACUGGUUCUCCUUUCAGCCGAGUCGUCUCUACCUGUACCCGAGUUGUUCAGCUACACGAUAUCCUCGGCAACCAACCCCAAGGCAUCGAAGACCCGAUCAUUCACGGCAUUCGUGACGCAAUGCGCUCUACGCUGAACUUAGAUGAAGUUGCAACGGUUAUUAGGGUAACCGAUUUAGCCAACAAGCCAGUUUCUAUCAAGGACUACGCCACUGUUGUUGACUUCUCAGCUGACGCUGCCAUUCCAGCUGUCAUCCAGCCUAUUGAGGGUGCUCGCCUCUUCCGAUCAGACAAGACCUAUCUUCUGAUCGGAUUCACUGGAGGUCUCGGGAAGGCUCUGUGCCGAUGGAUGGUAUCAUGCGGUGUCCGUCAUAUUGCUUUGACUACUCGAAAUGUUGAUUCCGUCGACAAGCUUUGGCUAGAAGAGUUACAAAUGCAGGGCGCCCAAGUCAACCUCUUCCAAGCAGAUGUCAGUGACAAGGACGCAUUGACCAGGUCCUACCAGCAGAUUGUCGAGCAGAUGCCUCCCGUCUGUGCUGCUGCCAAUGCUGCUUUACUUCUGUCGGACCGUACCUUUAGUGAGCUGAAGGUACAGGAUUUCCUCAAGGUCUUCGGACCGAAGGUCAAGGCGACACAGAAUCUUCAUGACCUACUGAAGGACCAAAAGCUUGACUUCUUCAUUAUGUUCUCUUCUCUUGCUAGCGUUGUCGGGAAUCGUGGUCAGGCCAACUAUGCUGCUUCCAACCUGUUUAUGAGCGCCAUCGCCGAACAGCGUCGUGCUCAAGGUCUUGCUGCCUCUGUGAUGCAUAUUGGCAUGGUUCUUGGUGUUGGCUAUGUUUCGUCAACUGGCGCACACGAGGCUACUCUUCGAAGUUACAACUACAUGGCUAUUUCUGAGACCGAUCUUCGAAACAUGUUUUCUCAAGCCAUUCUCGUUGGUCAGCCAGACUCUGGUCAUGGUCCGGAGCUCAUCACUGGUCUCAACCGAUACAGUCUUGAGUCCGAUGCUCAGAAGUACUUCUGGCGUGACAACAUGCGCUUCUCCCACCACACACUCGAGGAGGAACGUCAAGAGCGUUCUUCUUCUACCAAAGUGUCUAUGUCUCAGCGUCUUGAGGAGGCCAAGGAUGCUGCAGAGAUCUUGACAAUUGUUGAGGAGGAGUUUUGCACUAAGCUCGAACGCAUGCUUCAGGCCGAGGCUGGGUCCAUCAAAACCUCUCAGUCUCUACUAGGUCUGGGCGUCGAUUCUCUCAUCGCUGCCGAGAUUCGAUCAUGGUUCUUCAAGGAGCUUGACAUUGACACUCCUGUGCUUGAGAUUCUCAAUACUGCUUCUAUUUCGGAACUUUGCUCCACAGCUGUGUCUAACUUACCGUCUAUUUCGGGGCAGCCAAUCGAGUCCAAGGCUGAGGUGACCAAGCAGGCCAUCGAAUCUCUCGAUACUGUUCCGACCUCAACAGAAGCCUCAUCGGCACUGCCUACCGAAUCCGAGACAUUUACCCGUCCCAACUCUACUGAGGACACUAGUGACGACGAUUCGUCAGAGAAGUUUAUGUCUAGGCCUAAGGGAUUUAGGCCUCAAGUCAUCCGUAGUGGGCCUAUGUCGUUUGCCCAAGAACGCCUCUGGUUCCUUCAGGAAUUCCUCCAAGAUGACACAACCUACAGUGUCACGAUGCACUACCGUAUCAGUGGCCCUCUACGCUUGAAAGAUCUGGGAGAUGCUUUCAACCAAGUCAUCAAACGACACGAAACUCUUCGUACUGCAUUCUUCAUUGACGCCGAGACUGGCCUCCCAAAACAGGCUGUGCUACAGCAUUCGCCCUUCCCUUUAAUUGUCAGGCACAACUCUACCGGUUGCUAUGAGUAUGAGCGUAUGCAAAAGAUGCCUUAUAGUCUUGAAAGUGGCGAUGUGGUCAGAGCCCAGAUUGUUCCCAACUCGGAUGGCGAACACGAUCUCAUAUUUGGCUUCCAUCACAUUGCGCUUGAUGGUUUUAGCGCACAGAUUAUGGUGCGGGACUUGGCCAUGGCCUAUUCUGGACUAAGUCUCACGCCUAAGGAUCUUGGGUAUCUUGACUUUGCUAUCGCACAGAAGGCGGCCAAGUUUCCUACUGACAGCAUCGACUUCUGGAAGGCUGAGUUCGAGGAGCUGCCGCCGACACUUCCUGUCUUUGACUUUGCUGAGACCAAGAUGCGGGUUCCCCUGACUCACUACACCACACGGGCCUAUGAGAGGACACUUCCUGCUGAGGCGGGCGCGAAGACGAAAGCAGCUGCCAGAGAUCUCGGGGUGACUCCCUUUCACAUCCAUCUCGCGGCACUUCAAGUCGUUCUUUGGGAUCUCGCUUCUACUAGUGAUGUCUGCAUUGGUAUCACCGAUGCCAACAAGAAUGACGCUGCUUUCAUGGAUGUAGUUGGCUUUUUCGUCAACCUUCUGCCUUUGCGCCUGAAGUCAAGGGCAUCACAGACACUAGCUGGGUUAGCCUGUGAGGCCAAGAUCAAGGCCAACCAAGCCCUUGCACACUCUCAAAUCCCGUUCGAUGUUCUUCUUGACGAGCUGAAGCUUCCUCGCUCUACAAUGCACAGUCCUCUAUUCCAAGUCGUUCUUAACUUUAAGAUGGGUUCCACUCAAAAGGUACCCCUUGGAGACUGUCAGGCCGAGCUGGUCACUUUCAAGGACGCGAACAAUCCAUACGAUCUGACGUUUGACAUCGAGACCUACAAUGAUGGAUCUACCUCUAUCGUUGUCAAGACGCAAGAGUACCUGUACACACACAGUGAGCUUGGAUUCAUUGUCGACAGGUAUACUGAUGUCCUUUCCCUCUUUGUCAGUGAGUCUUCUCAGACUCUUGGCCAGGCCUGCAAGCCCACUGCCUCCCAGAUCCAGAAGGCUCUGAGCCUUGGAAGGGGUAAGAGGAUCCCAUCACCUCGCUUCGAGACACUGUCGCACUACUUUGAUGAUUGGGUUGAGCAACAGCCCGACGCUAUUGUGUUGAAAACUGAUGAUGGCAAGACCUUGACAUACCGUCAAUUGAAGGGCUUGGUGAACCAAAUUGCGGCCAAGUUGAUUGAAGGUGGCGUCACCCAAAGGUCCAAGGUCGGUGUCUACUGCGAGCCGAGCUUGUACAUCUUCGCUCUACUCAUAGCCAUUGCUCAGGCCGGUGCUGUCUACGUGCCACUGGACGCUCAGAACCCGAUCAAGCGUCUUCAGCUCAUCGUCAACGACUGUCAACCCAACGUUAUCGUGAUUGAUGACUCAACCCAGGACCUGGCGGCUGAACUGGAGACAACUGCCAAGAUCUUCAAUGUUUAUAGCAUUGACCCGACUUGUCCGGACGCUCGCGAGAUUGAGAACCGCGCGCAUGGGUCGGGUAUGGGCUACAUCUAUUACACCAGUGGAACAACAGGUGUGCCCAAGGGUGUCGCGCUCACUCACACGAACCUUGUGCAUCAUAUCGAGAGCUGCAUCCAAUUUACCAGCAUGAGAAGAUGCACAAUGCUUCAACAGGCUCCUCUUGGCUUCGACAUGUCGCUCACCCAGAUGUCACUGGUGGCGAUGCUUGGAGGAACUCUCAUUGUUGCUUCAAGUGAUACCCGCAAGGAUCCCAUGCAGAUCGCUCAAUUGAUGCUCGCUGAAAAGGUCACUCACACGUUUAUGACACCUACACUGGCUUUGGCUGUGAUCCACCAUGGAUAUGAGUAUCUCAGUCAAUGCGUUGACUGGGAGUUUGCUUUGCUCUCUGGCGAGGCUGUUCGCGCCCACGUCCCUCCCGAGUUCAAGCGCCUUGGGCUCAAGAACCUCAGUCUGUACGAUGGUUAUGGGCCAACGGAGAUUACCAUCAACAGUAGCUGUGGUCUGAACGAGCUUGACGAGAACACCCCUCACGAUACGCGUAACCCAAGCAUCGGCCUCACACUUCCCAACUAUUCUUGCUACAUCUUGGAUGAGAGCAUGCAGCCUGUUCGACCUGGAUUCGCUGGCGAGUUGGUCGUUGGUGGCUGCGGUAUCGCCAUGGGUUACCUCAACAGGGAGGAUCUUACCCAGGCUAGGUUCCUUCCUGACCCUUUCGCUUCAGCUGAGGAUAUCCCGCGUGGCUGGACCCGUAUGUAUCGCACCGGUGAUAAGGCAAGGAUUCUACCUGAUGGACGUAUUACCUUCCUUGGCCGCAUCGCUGGUGAUUCACAGAUCAAACUUCGUGGAUUUCGUAUCGAGCUCGAGGACGUCGCCAACACCAUUGUUAAAGCCUCAAUGGGUGUCAUUCCAGAAGCAGCUGUAUCAUUGAGACAGGGUGAGAAUGGUGAUGGAGACAGUGCUUUCUUAGUGGCUUUCGCCAUCAUCUCUGAAGCCCAUUCUCCUUCAGAGAUCAAGAUCUACCUUAAGAAACUACUCAAGGAAUUAUCCCUUCCUCGAUACAUGAUUCCUGCCAAAAUCGUCCCUAUCGACAAGCUUCCCAUGAACGCAUCUGGAAAACUGGAUCAGUAUGCUCUCGAUGCUAUUCCCAUCCCUCUGGAUGACGAUGCCAUGGUUUCUCGACCACUCUCCGAGACUCAAGAGGCACUCAAGUUGGGCUGGCUCAAAGCCUUACCACCUGUAGCCGCAGAUGCCACGAUUGGACCCGAUACCGACUUUUUUGCUGCUGGCGGCAACUCCCUUCGUAUUGUUUCGCUGCGAGAGUACAUCUCUCGGGUCUUUGGUGUCACCGUUUCUGUAUUCGAUCUCUUCCAGGCUAGCACAUUGAGUGAGAUGGCGGCCAAGGUUGACAGUUCUUCUGAGGCCAUUGACACAGAGCCUAUCGAUUGGGAAUCAGAAACCCGUGUUGGCUCAACUACCUCGAUCGUUAAAUCGGAAGUAUCUCAGAAACAGGACGGACUACAGGUGGCCCUUACUGGAUCGACCGGCUUCUUGGGUCUCGCUAUUCUCAAGGCACUCCUUGCGGACAAACGCGUAGCAAAGGUGCACUGCCUUGCUAUUCGUUCCUUGGCCAACCAAGACCCUAUCUUUGGAUCCUCGCGAGUUACGUGCUAUCAGGGAGACUUGUCUCUUCCAUACCUUGGUCUGCCCCAAGAACAAUUUGUUACACUCGCCCAGUCAUUCGACCGAAUCAUCCACAAUGGUGCUGAUGUUUCAUUCCUCAAGAAAUUCCAGUCUCUCAAACGCCCCAAUGUCGAGGCAACUCGGAAACUUGCACGAGUUGCAAUGGAUCGAUGCAUCCCUUUCCACUUUGUCUCCACUGGCGGUGUUGUGAACCUCACCGGUCUAGACGGACUUGCUGAAGUUUCUGUUUCUAACUAUAAGCCACCUGUGGAUGGUUCAUAUGGUUAUAUCGCUUCCAAGUGGGCUUCAGAGCGUAUUUUGGAAUCUUGUGCGGAGAAGGGCCUUCCAGUCUGGAUUCAUCGUCCAAGUAAUAUCACGGGCAAGAAUGCACCAAGCCAUGACUUGAUGCAGAACAUCUUCCGUUACUCGGCUAAGACAAGCUCUUUGCCCGACCUCUCCGGCUGGAAGGGUUACUUUGACUUUGUUCCUGUUGAAGAUGUGGCGCAGGGUAUCGUCAACUCAGUCACCGAGACUGGAGAGUCUACACUAGUUUAUCGUCACCACUGCGGUGCAGACAAGAUCUCUGUUGAUGAUCUCAAGUAUCACUUUGAGACGGAUCAGGGCAAGACGAUGGAAACAGUCGGCGUGGAGGAGUGGUUGACUCGUGCUAGAAAUGCUGGUCUUGAUCCUUUGACUGCUACUUUGGUGGAGAAGACUCUGAGUCAAGGUGGAGGUAUCGUUCCCUGGCUUCGAACGGGUAGUUCAUAG